ACAUUUAUGAUUUGAUUAACGUGGGAAAUAAUAAAAAGUUUUUUAAAAGCAUUAAAAAGUUGUAUUUUUCAUCUAAUUUAGCAUGGCGCCAAAGAAUAAAGUGAAAUGUAGAGCUAGUAAAAGAUUAAAAUUAAAAAAUAAAUUGAAUAAAAUUUCGGAAUCAAAUAGUGAAACGAAAAGUCGUUCAAAGCAAGAACCUGUAUUUUUAAGAAAAUCUCAUAUUAAAAAAGCAAUAAAAUUCUUAAAUCAAACAGAAACCAGGAAACGUUACCAAAUAGAUGAAGGGAAACGACGUGCCAGUAAAUGUAAAUUACCAAUUUAUCAGCUUCAACAAAAUGAUAACGUUUAUGAUUCUUUAAGUUCCAUGUCAUAUUUAAAUAUUUCACGGCAUAUGAGAACUUGUAUAUUAAAUCAUGAUUGGAAUAAUUUAACUAAAUUAUUAAUUUUAUUUUUUGAUGCUAAAAAACAAAAUCCUAUUAAAUAUAGAAACGCAUUCAUUAAUUUAUUAAAUAAUCCUGAUGCUAUUCGACAUAACUACUUAGAUGAAUUUCUUCAAAUGUUUGUAUGUUGUCGCACCGAAGAAGAAAAAAUUACGUUUAUGAAUAAGUUAUUAAGUAUAGAAUCGAACGAAUUAAUUAAAAAUGAAAAGAAUUUGGAUAGCAUGGAAAUUGAAUUGUAGGACUUUUUAAACAUUUGAAAUAUAUUUAUAUAAUUUAUUGCCGAAUUACGCAAUAUAAA